CCUGUGCAGUACGGCCGUGAGGGGGCCGUUGGCCCAACGCCUGAGACCAGCGUUUGAGCGCCAUGACGGAGGAGGCGAGGCGAAAGAAGGGGACCGGCGUGGGGCGGGUCCCGACCCCCGGGCUCUCCAAGACCCACAGCGGGCCACCCGGGUCCCGCCGCGUCACCGCGGCCUGUAGGCUCCCCUUGGGCUCAGCGCCGUGCCGGGGUCAGCCGUUCUCUCGGGUCUCGGGACAGUAAGCCUCUGCUAGGGAAAACCUGAUGUGGACUACUGGCUUUUCUCUUCAUUUUGGAUGUCACAGCUCAAAGCACUCCUUCACCACUAUUACCCAGUUGAGAUUGACCCACACUGGACCAUCAACGAGAAGUUGCCCCACAUGGUGGAAUGGUGGACCAAAGCGCAUGCUCUCCUAUGGCAGCAGAAGGUCCAGGGCUUUCAGACAGCCCCAGUGGUGAGACAGAGGCAGUGCCAUUUCAGAACCCAUUCAUCUCUUUUCAGGGAUGGAUACAAGAUGUUCUUCAACACCCUCUUCCAGAACAGCAUUCCCCUCUUCAUCUUCUCCACGGGCAUUGGAGAUAUUGUGGAAGAAAUUAUCCAGCAGAUGAAAGUGUUUCACCCCAACAUCCACAUUGUGGCUAACUACAUGGAUUUUGAUGAAAACGGUUUCCUAGGGGGAUUCAAGGGCCAGCUCAUGCACACAUACAAGAACAGCCCUGUGCGCGAGUACGCCAGCGACUUCCAGCAGCUGCAGGGCAAAAGCAACAUCCUCCUGCUGGGAGACUCCACGGAGGACUGCACUAUGGCUGACGGGUCUGAGAACAUUCUCAAGACUGGCUUCCUAAAUGACCAGGGCUCUUCAGGGCCGACUUCUCCAUCAGUUCCUGUUAAUAGCUUAUUGAACGCCUUCUGUGUGCUGGACACUGUGUGAAGUAUAAGAAGUAGAGGUUAGACACAGCCAUAGUCUCAGAGGAAACACAAGAGAUACAGUGGCUACAGCUGCGUGUGCGGCACGUGGCAUGACCUGAAGGUCACAGGGACUUCAUCAUAGCCCACACUUCCUGAGUGCUCUCUGUAUACCAGUCGCAUUAGCCAGUUAAUCAGUACAGUUGUACUCUGAAGUUGUGACUGCUAUACCCAGUUUACAAAUAAGGAUACUGAGAUGGGGGUUAAGUACCUUGCCCAAGGUGACAUAGUUUAGGAAGUGGCUGGGCUGAUUACCAGUCCUCUUAAAUCGUACCUGUAGGGCAUGAUUGAGGUGGGAGAUAAUAGAUGUUUGGGAUGUAGGUUUAUAAUUUAGAGAAGAAAAACACAAGAACAGACCAGAGGUUGACAGGGGUGAAAAGUAGUCAUAAAGGGGCACAGCGUGGCGUCAAACUAGAGGGCCACCAGGCCUCGCCUGCAGUCAGCAGGUGCUGAGUGAAGCCUUGUGAAAGUUCAGUCCAGAAAGAUGAGAGGUGACCUCUGGUUUUUUUGUUUCUAAUCCUUGGGACUCCUUUUCACACUGACACAAGGGUUAAUUGCGGCAGCCUCUGCCCAUGGCCAUCUGUAUCUCCAAAGGGCAGGUCCCAGUAACCUUCAACUCCUCCUGGGGGGUGUCACAGCUUGAUGCCCUCCUCUCCAGCCCCAAGUGGUCAACCGCAGGCAAGGCAGAAGGCAGGGCAUUUGGGGGACCCUCAGGCUCUCCUCCCCAGGCAGGGUGAGGCUGCAUUUAUGCAAGACCGGUGGUGAGGGGUGAGGGUAGGGCUGGGGCCAGGUCACAGGUGGGAAAUGGAGGGGACAGGCCAUUAGUGGCAAUGCAGGCUGAAGGCUAGGGUCAGUGUGUCAUGGGGGAUUGGGCUGGGAAGGGGGAGGACUCUGAAGCAGGGCAGUCUCAAGGCCAGUAUCUGUGGGAUUAGAGGGCUGCUGUGCCCCUGCUCAUUGGCGUCUCAGCCAUCCCGCCCCUCUGCGGCCCGCCCCCUAGCUCGCCAGAGUGCUGCAGCCCUGAAGCCUCGUCCCGGACUCUGCUGGGCACUGUUGGAUCCUGAGUUAGAACUCUGAACUGGACUUGGAGCUGCCACAGCCUGAACCCAUGAAGGCUGUACUACAGCCUCCUCAGGUGGCCCCAGAGGCUGAGCGGGGUUCUCCCGCAUGUCUGCUGCAGGGCUGUAGGACGUUCAGCCUCCAUCGUGGCUGCUGGAGUUAUGGUGAGGCCCAGAUUGAAAGGUUUAACUGUGACGAGUUUGAAUGCUGAGCUUCAGCUUGAGAGCUGGAACUGUCAACUCACGAUGCACUGGAGAUUGUGCUACAACCACCUCCUGAGGUGGCUCUGAAGGCUAGCUGGGGCCUCCUGCUGUGCUAGAGAACGUUGUUUUGUCCCUAACGUGUUCCAGGAGUGGGGCUGGGAACUCCUGUUGGAUUGGAGAAGACUCCUCAGUGGGGUCGCAGGUUUUCGCACCCCUUGGUAAGCGCAUGGGGAGAUUCAGGUGAGAGAUUAGAGGAUUGCAAAAGACAAGUCUCGCUCAGCCCAGGGGAGUCAGAGGUCAGCGGGACAGAGUCCAGGGACCGUUCCGGGGGCUGAACUGCCUGGAAGAGCAGCCACAAUGGUUGCCACACAGAAGGGGGUCGUGGGAACCAAAAGCAUGUGUACAUGAUCUGCACAUGAUUUGGGCACAGUGACCCUCACUGGCAGGCACACUGAGUGGAAGCCCAAGCGUUAUGGCAGCCUGAGUUUUGGACUCUUACCUCCUAGAGAUGACUGGUGAUCUUCAGCUUAAUCUACACCUGCAGCUUUGAUGUUACUACCUUUGGAUUGAGGCGACAGAGCUGGGGCCUAAUUCCGAUCCCAGCCUACCACUGGAACCUCCUCUGGGAGCUUUUGAUGCUGGAUCAGCUUGUCAUUCCCAUCUUGACAUGGAACAGCAAACUGACAUGGCCCUGUGGGCAGCUCUCCGUCUGUAUUCCUGUCUGGGUAUGGAAGCAAAGUCUCAGUCAACUCCUGAUGAGGCUGUAGAGAAGGAAUUAAAGGAGUAAUUAAAGUCCCCCAGCUCUGAGUUGGAGGUCAGCUGGAUAGAGUCCAGGGACCAUUCCAGGGGCUGAACUCCCUGGGCCAGAAGCCAGAGUGGUUGCCAAGCCAAGAGCCGCAGCAAACAAAA